UGCUUAAUACUGUAGACACGAGUUUUUGAUCUCACAAGUAUACGUACUAGCUAUGGGGAAUGUAAUAGGGAACACUUCUAAGCGUGCAUCUCGGUUUGCGAAGAGAUUUAAUCUAGAGAAUCGAGUAAACAAGGUACUCGAAAAAGAUAAACCAGAUUUGGCACCAAGACACGAAACUACAUCGAAAAUUUUGGAACAGUUUGCAGCCGACAACCCAGAACUAUAUGAGGAGCAAAAGAAGAAAGAUUUAGAUCUCCACGAAAGACUAAAACAAAUUCGACUGGAGUCAACAGGAAGCCUUCCAGAGAUAAAAUCACGUCGUUUGCCUGAAAGGGACCGUCUAAAUGAGCCAAAAAUUUCAGGAUACAGAGGUUUUCUAGAUCAACAGAAGGUGCCAGAGGGGAGAUUGUCUAUUAGAGAUGCAAUGAAGAUCCUUGGAAAAGUUCAAAUAUCACCUGUUUCAGAUCCAAGUGCAGUCAAAAAUAUAGCAAAGGAAUAUAAAUUAGAUGAAUUGCAUGUGAAACAGUUAUUGAGACAUUUUAAAGCCAUGGAAAUGAAAUUUCCAAAUCAUUUACUGAAGAAACAUCCAAGUCUUGCUGAAAAUCUAGCAAAAGCUGGACAAAAGAGUUUGGAUAAUUGGGUUUCUGGUAUAAAAUCAGACCAAGAGGCAUUUGAAAAUUUAAAAACUGAGACCAAGGAUAAUGUUUCUCAAAGAUGGAAGAACUAUAACGAAAAAAUCCGACGUGUCCCUAAAGAUGAGGAGGAUGAAGACUACGACUGGACAGAAACAAAAAAACAAUUGAAUAUAGAAAGUAGGAACAAGGUGUCAACUGACAAACAUAGUGGAGAGGGUGACGCAAGGGAGGCAACUGGUGACAAAUCUGAUAUACCGAAGAAAUCUUAACUUAAUUUGUACAAGUGUCAUUCAUUGUGACAACAAAAGCAAAUUCUCAUUGUUUCAUGAAUGUGAUGUGUGGUUUUAGGACAUCUGACCUGAAUGGUUACCUCUCUUGGUACCUCCAGAUUCUCGACUGAUUUGAACUCCAGCUGUAACUGGCUGUUGAGUCUGGUGUGCCACAUUGGUAUCAGUGAUCAACAAAUGAAGAUAAUAUUACAGUUAUACAAAUUGACAUCUAAUUAUUUCAUAUGUUUUAAGUAAUUGCAACAUAACAAUAUUCAUCUGUUUGAGGUGCUAAAAAUAGCUUCUGCAAUUUACCCGAAAGUUACGUAAUAAAUCUACAGACAGAUAAGGGGAAAGUGUGACAAGGAAUUACAUGUAAACAUCUAUAAUGAAUAGAUCUAAAUUUACUAGUAGUACACAAGGUAAUAUUCUAACAGAGCACAUCUGAUGUUCAUGUUGAGUAAACAUUACAAAUGAUUAUACCUAUAAUAUACGAUCACUUAAAUACAAUUAACUCGAUAACCAUUCAUUAUAUAUGAAUAACAAAUUUCACAACCGCCACAUUGGCUGCCAUUUUGAAAAAUAUAUUUUCAAAUUCUUCCGCAAUUCGACUGGUUGGAUGGAGUUGAAACCUCCCAGGAAUUAGAAGAUUCUCCUGAAUUUCCACGUGGAAUCCCAGUAAUUCUUGGUACCACUACACUGUCUGUAUUUUAUACUACCUACACUAGUACUAAUAGGGUAAUUAUAGUCUGGUGACUGUCCAGCCAUAUACAUGUGCUUCUUGUUAGAUUUAAUGUACCAAUUGUAUGUCAGUUAUGAAAAAAAUUGCAUUGACAAUAAAUUGUUUCAUUUGAUAUUUGUGUACAAGAAAUGUGGAUUAGAUCAGGUUAAAUACAAGUAUCAUGAGGAAAUGUGGAUUAUAACUGGUUAAACACGUAUAAUAAGGAAAUGUGGAUUAGAUCAGGUUAAACAUUAGUAUCAUGAGGAAAUGUGGAUUAGAUCAGGUUAAACAAAUUAGUAUCACGAAGGAAAUGUGGAUUAGAUCAGGUUAAACACGUAUAAUAAGGAAAUGUGGAUAGAUCAAGUUAAACACAUUAGUAUCAUGAAGGAAAUGUGGAUUAGAUCAGGUUAAACACAUUAGUAUCAUGAGGAAAUGUGGAUUAGAUCAGGUUAAACAUGUAUUACAAGGAAAUGUGGAUAAGAUCUGGUUAAACACGUAUAAUAAGGAAAUGUGGAUUAGAUCAGGUUAAACACGUAUAAUAAGGAAUGUGGAUUAGAUCAGGUUAAACAUAAGUAUCACAAGGAAAUGUGGAUAAGAUCAGGUUAAACAUGUAUUACAAGGAAAUGUGGAUAAGAUCUGGUUAAACACGUAUAAUAAGGAAAUGUGGAUUAGAUCAGGUUAAACACGUAUAAUAAGGAAUGUGGAUUAGAUCAGGUUAAACAUGUAUAAUAAGGAAAUGUGGAUUAGAUCAGGUUAAACAUGUAUGAUAAGGAAAUGUGGAUUAUAUCUGGUUAAAAACAAGUAUCAUGAAGGAAAUGUGGAUUAGAUCAGGUUAAAUACACGUACAAGGAAUUGUGGAAUAGAUCCGGUUAAAUACAAGUAUAAUAAGGAAAUGUGGAUUAGAUCAGGUUAAACACAAGUAUGAGGAAAUGUGGAUUAUAUCAGGUUAAACAUAUUAGUAUCAUGAGGAAAUGUGGAUUAGAUCAGGUUAAACAUAUUAGUAUCACAAAGGAAAUGUGGUUAGUACUGAAUGCUAAAUGCAUUUUGAUGAAAUUUGGUCUGAGCAUUAUUGGGUAAAGUAGAUCUAACGUAUAAACGGAGGAUGUGGCUCCCAUGGGACUAGAAAGACAAAUGAAAUCAAAUGUUGUAUAAUUGAAGGAUGUGGCACACUUUGGCUGGGAGAAAGGGGACCAAAUAUGGGAAAUACAAAAAAAAAAAAAAACUUAAAUAUACAUUCUCUUUUUCAAGAAUGACAUGAUUAAGUUCACCUGUAGUUUGAACCAUUGUUGGGAGAGACAGUGUAAAAGUAGGAAAAUAUUCAAAUAUAAACAAGGACAUAGUCGUCAAGAUCCCCGCCCAUGCAAAUAUUGUAUUACAUGAAAUUAAAGUGGACAUCAUGCAUAAAAACAUAAAACACAUGACAUAGCAUUUAGAAUCAUAACAUGUAUUUGUGUUCAGUCAUCAAAUUCCUGUGAAAGUGAUCAACAUAAUAGUAACAAGUCUACGGGCCGAAAGCUAUCAGCCAAUCAGAUCACAGCAGCCUCAUUAAAUAUGCAUAGCAUAUGCCGAUAAUUGAACUUGAGCAAGGAGUUUAGGUAAUAAGUCUACCAAGAAAGUUUCAUCAAAAUCCAAUGAUUCCUACAAAAGAUACCGUGAGAAAAGCAAUCGGCCAAUCAGAUCACAUCAGCCUCUUUAAAUAUGUGUGGAAUAUGCCGAUUAUCGAACUUGAUUGAAGAGUUUAGCUAAUAAGUCUACCAAGCAAGUUUCAUCAAAAUCCAAUCAUUCCUUCAAAAGAUAAUGUGCGGAAAGCAAUCAGCCAAUCAGAUCACAGCAUCCUCAUUAAAUAUGCAUGGUAUAUGCCGAUAAUCAAACUUGAGCAAGGAGUUUGGGUAGGUCUACCAAGAAAGUUUCAUCAAAAUCCAAUCAUUCCUUCAAAAGGAACCCAUCUGUAUAUCCCCCGCCAGUAUUUUGCCAUAAUUACUGAAAAAUCCAGGUAAUCAAUGCAGGGCCUGUGAGCCUCUUGUUUUCUCAAACUUCAUAUCUAGCUUUCCCUUUGUCCGUAGUUUUGUCUAUUUGAUUUUGAGUCCAGGAAAAGAAUGGCUAACAGGAGGUCAUCUUUGAUUUUGACAGUUAAAAUUUGUAAUUAAUAUUUCUCAGAAAGUUCUUCAUAUGAUCAAGAGGAAACAAGGGCAAAGUAGAGAAAAGAUAGGUCUUUCAUACGAUCAUUAAAAAAGGUACCAAUCCCUCUGCAUGGAUCUCAUUAAUUAUUAGGAAAUUUACUACAAAUGUCAUGCAUCAGCUUACAUCUUAAGAGCCUGGCCCUAACAUAAUGAAUAUUACACGUACUAAACCUGUAAAAGUUAAGGAUGAAACUGCAACCUUCUCUGGUGACCUAAAAUCACAUCCACCUAAUGAAGUAGAUGGUGGAUUAAAAAUCAGCUUAUCUCCACCAAUGAAGGCGAUGGUGGAUUAAAAAAGAGCUUACCUCCACCCAGUGAAGAUGAUGGUGGAUUAAAAAUCAGCUUAUCUCGACCUUAUGUAAAUAGUGGAUUGAAAAUCAGCUUAUCUCCACCUAAUGAAAGUGAUGGGAGAUGAAGUCCUUAAGUUCCUCACCAAUUUUUAGCUCAAUCAUACCAGUGAAAAAGGGAGGAAAUCUGAAAAUGUGUUUUCGAGAUCACAGCUGAGCCAUCUUGGAUUUCAAACCAACCCGAAAAAUAACAUCUUUUGGUCAUGCAUGACCUUUUCCAGAUUAUCUAAAGCUGAAUUUAAGAUUAUUUUGAACUGAAUCCCACAGGUGGGAUUUAAGAACACAUGGUGGACUUUCCUUAACUAUUUUGCCAACCUUUAGCACAAUCCACCAAUAGAAAUGAAGAUUAAAAUGUGUUUUUCAAGAUUGUGGCCAUGGUAACUAUCUUGAAUUUGAACUGACCGAAAAAUAACAGUUGGUCAGAGCAAUCUAAGGAUCAUAUAGGCAAGUUUGAGCUGAAUCAAAUAGGUGUAACUUAAGUUUGAAAUGUGUUGAGAUUACACACGGCAGGCAAUGAGGUACCAAGUUUGAUGGCUAUAAGUAAAGUCUGCAAAAACUCUUAGUCUAAUUAAAGGUGAAGCAUUCUUGCAUUAAAGUAUAUUGAAAUAGAAGACGAGCCAUCUUGGGGCAAAGCAUGCAACUCCUCUGGAGACAGAAUUCUGUGGCAUACCUAUUGUGUGACUCCUAUGGAGUCAGAAUUCUGUGGCAUACCUACUGUGUGACUCCUAUGGAGUCAGAAUUCUGUGGCAUACCUACUGUGUGACUCCUCUGGAGUCAGAAUUCUGUGGCAUACCUACUGUGUGACUCCUAUGGAGUCAGAAUUCUGUGGCAUACCUACUGUGUGACUCCUCUGGAGACAGAAUUCUGUGGUAUACGUAUUGUGCGACUCCUCUGGAGACAGAAUUCUGUGGUAUACGUAUUGUGUGACUCCUCUGGAGACAGAAUUCUGUGGUAUACCUAUUGUGCGACUCCUCUGGAGACAGAAUUCUGUGGUAUACGUAUUGUGUGACUCCUCUGGAGACAGAAUUCUGUGGUAUACCUAUUGUGCGACUCCUCUGGAGACAGAAUUCUGUGGUAUACGUAUUGUGUGACUCCUCUGGAGACAGAAUUCUGUGGUAUACGUAUUGUGUGACUCCUCUGGAGACAGAAUUCUGUGGUAUACCUAUUGUGUGACUCCUCUGGAGACAGAAUUCUGUGGCAUACCUACUGUGUGACUCCUAUGGAGUCAGAAUUCUGUGGCAUACCUACUGUGUGACUCCUCUGGAGACAGAAUUCUGUGGUAUACGUAUUGUGCGACUCCUCUGGAGACAGAAUUCUGUGGUAUACGUAUUGUGUGACUCCUCUGGAGACAGAAUUCUGUGGUAUACGUAUUGUGUGACUCCUCUGGAGACAGAAUUCUGUGGCAUACCUACUGUGUGACUCCUCUGGAGACAGAAUUCUGUGGCACACCAAUUGUGCGACUCCUCUGGAGACAGAAUUCUGUGGUAUACGUAUUGUGUGACUCCUCUGGAGACAGAAUUCUAUGGCAUACUAAUAAGACAAGGUGAUCAUAAUGUGUGUAAAUGAAAAUCCAGGUUUCAGGGAAAUUGGAUGGACGAAGGUCACUCCAUGAUCAAAGCUUUGAUGGAUAAAUACUGCAAUUCUAGUUGUUUCACAGGUUAGUAGGGAAAUAAAGACAAACAAAUUCAUUUAUAUUUGUAAUAUUUAUUAUUUUUCACGUUGAUAUUUCUUGCUUUUUCUACAGCACUAUGUAGAAAGAUUUAACACCAAGGCAGACAAUGUACACACUUGUAAUAUUUAAUUGUAUAUCGGAACUUGACACUGUCAAACUAGAGCUUACAGACCACAAUGAGAGUGCAUUGAAGGUCCACGACUACAGGGUAGUGUAGAGUGUAGCGACGGCCAACGACUACAGGGUAGUGUAGAGUGUACAGACGUCCCACGACUACAGGGUAGUGUAGAGUGUACCGACGUCUCAUGACUACAGGGUAGUGUAGAGUGUACAGACGUCCCACGACUACAGGGUAGUGUAGAGUGUAGCGACGGCCAACGACUACAGGGUAGUGUAGAGUGUACAGACGUCCCACGACUACAGGGUAGUGUAGAGUGUACAGACGUCCCACGACUACAGGGUAGUGUAGAGUGUAGCGACGGCCCACGACUACAGUGUACCGACGUCCCAUGACUACAGGGUAGUGUAGAGUGUACAGACGUCCCACGGCUACAGGGUAGUGUAGAGUGUACAGACGUCCCACAACUACAGGGUAGUGUAGAGUGUACAGACGUCCCACAACUACAGGGUAGUGUAGAGUGUACCAAUGACCCGUGGUACUGAAUGUUACACUUGACGUAGGUCAUUUAUAAUUUGACAGCCAUUGAAUCUUACAGCCAACUAAUACAUAACUUAAAUGAAUUAAUAAACAGAAUAAUUCUAUUCUCUUGAAUAUUUCAUAUUAAAUAGCUGAGGCAGUCUUAUUAAUGCUAUUCUGACAUCUUACUGCAACAAUAACAGGAUUGAAAUCACAAACAAUUAAUGGUUACGUACAUUCAUACAUUUUCAAUUCACCACCUGUAUGAACAAAUCAGUACAAAGUUAAAUAGAAUCUAUUUCCAGCAGUGCUAGAUUCCAACAGUCUGCUGCUAUGUCUAGUGUAACAACAAGGACUCGGGAGGCUCACAGGAGGUAAAGUGGAUACGCCGCGCAGGGGAGAUGAUUACAAGUAUUGGGAGGUAAAGUGGAUACGCCGCGCAGGGGAGAUGAUUACAGGUGUGUUGGGAGGUAAAGUGGAUACGCCGUGCAGGGGAGAUGAUUACAGGUGUUGGGAGGUAAAGUGGAUACGCAGCGCAGGGGUGAUGAUUACAAGUGUUGGGAGGUAAAGUGGAUACGCAGCGCAGGGGAGAUGAUUAAAAGUAUUGGGAGGUAAAGUGGAUACGCCGCGCAGGGGAGAUGAUUACAGGUGUGUUGGGAGGUAAAGUGGAUACGCCACGCAGGGGAGAUGAUUACAAGUGUUGGGAGGUAAAGUGGAUACGCCGCGCAGGGGAGAUGAUUACAGGUGUUGGGAGGUAAAG